AUACAGAUUUUCCAGUUGCGUUUUCUUGCUCAGAAAGUCGCCGAGAAAGUUAACAGAGAGAACCAGGAAGGAGCAGGUGAAGAGGGAGACAACGAGAGAAAAUGGAAUCGUCGAAGAAGAUAGCUCACGAGAUCGGAGGUGUCAAGAACGACGCACUUCGGUUUGGUCUCCAUGGCGUUAAGAGCGAUAUCGUUGGAUCUCACCCGCUCGAAUCCGCCUACGAAUCUGAAAAGAGGGUGCAAGAGGAGAUGAGAAGGAAAAUCAUAACGAAUACUUAUGGGGCUGCUCUUCCAUUGAAGAUGGAUCUGGACAGGCAAAUUUUUUCCCGAUUUCAGAGGCCUCCUGGUCCAAUUCCAUCUUCGAUGCUCGGUUUGGAAGUCUACACAGGGGCAUUAGAUGAUUUUGGUUUUGAGGAUUACUUGAACGAUCCUCGUGAAUCUGAAACGUUGAAGCCUGUAGAUCUCCAUCACGGGAUGGAAGUUCGCCUCGGCCUCUCGAAGGGUCCAGUCUGCCCGAGUUUCGUAUAGCCGAAUAACAGUUUCAUAUAUGGUGGUGAAAAUGAAACAACAUUCACCCUUAAGGUGGUGUGGGCGUUUGUUCUGUCUUUGCUUAGAAUCCAGAAUCAAGUUCACGGAGUGUCUUAUCUGAAUUGGUAUUUGAUCUUCUCUCUUAUGGCCGUCGUCAUUCUCCCUGUCGUUCCCAAGUCUUAUUUCGAUACGGACCGAACAUGUUUCAGGAAGUGUCUCCCAACCUCUCUUUUCCGUAUGAUAAUGUAAUUGGUGACUGUUUUACGUCGGUGAAUAAUGUAUUUAUGUCAUAGAUCUCAUUAAAUUCGUAUAUUUUGUGGAA